AAAUAGAUGUCCGAUAUUGGAGUUAUAGGAGAACUCCGACAUAGGGCCACCCGUCUCGUCCUGGGUCUGGGUUAUAUAUCGAGAGUAGCGGUCCUUUGAAGGUUUAGUCCUCCUUUUUUUCACCUUUGCGAAUAAUAGGUAUUCCACAAGGCUACCCAGGUUUCGGCCAAUCUUCCUAAAAGGGAGUGUAUAUAACGAGUUUACCCCUUAUACGGCUCUGAAAUUGGCCAGUUUUGAUACCGCCUCACCAGAUGACAGAUAAUUGGCCGAGUAAACGAUGGCAGAAAUAAAGCAGGAGCGCCAACCGCUGUCGCAGGGCCAGGGAGUGCCCCCGGACCAGACCUCGUGGUGGACUAGGAUGCAGCAGCGAUUUCCUAUGCUGCAGAAGAAACGCGGCGUCGCCCUCGUUGUUGGCCUUAUGAUAUUGCCUUUAUUCGGUCUCUUAGGUCUUCUCGCCCUACGAAAUCAACACGGUGAUAGUGGCGACGGAGCUGCUGGGGCGUCUAGCAGCCAAGCUCUUAUCACCGAUGAUACUUAUUUCUACGGCCAGUCCGAGCCGGUAUAUCCCUCUCCCGCGAUGACGGGAGUUGGCGCUUGGGCCGAUGCGUACAAAAAAGCUCUCGACUUUGUCGGGCAGCUUACGAUCGAGGAGAAGGUAAUCCUUGCAUCAGGACUCUCCUCUUCUACGGGAAGUUCAGGAACAUUAAACGGCUGCUCUGGGAAUAUCGACGCCAUCCCUCGUAUGAACUUUUCGGGCUUUUGUCUGAACGAUGCCGGUCAAGGUGUCAGAGCUACGGACUUUGUCAGUGGGUUUCCGAGCGGUCUCCAUGUUGCUGCCAGUUGGAACAAGGAUUUGGCUCGGGACCGUGCAGAAAGCAUGGGCCUUGAGUUCAGAGUCAAGGGCGUCAACAUCCACCUCGGACCCGUUGUUGGUCCUAUCGGACGCGUACUACGUGGCGGGCGCAAUUGGGAAGGCUUUUCUCCUGACCCCUAUCUCACCGGUAGCCUCGUAUCGGAGACGGUAACGGGAAUUCAGUCGCAGGGGGUCAUCACAAGUACCAAGCAUUUCAUCGGCAACGAACAAGAGACGAACCGACAGCCUACUGGUGACACUGAAUCCGUCUCAUCUAACAUCGAUGAUAAGACUAUACACGAGCUGUAUUUAUGGCCAUUCCAAGAUGCCGUCAAGGCCGGGACUGCGAACGUGAUGUGCUCGUACAACCGAGUGAACAACUCAUACGCUUGCGCGAACAGCAAAACCCAGAAUGGCCUACUCAAAACGGAGCUGGGGUUCCAGGGAGCCAUUACUUCGGACUGGGAUGCUCUGCAUGCUGGUGUUGCAUCAGCUAACUCUGGAAUGGACAUGGUCAUGCCAAAUUCGAAACUUUGGGGCGACAAGCUAACAGAGGCAGUUAGAAAUGGAUCAGUUUCCGAGGGUCGCUUAGAUGACAUGGCAACGCGAAUCAUGGCCGGAUACUACCAGCUGGGACAGGACAAGGACUUCCCAGAGCCGGGAAUCGGUAUGCCUGCAGACCUAACCCAACCGCACGACAUUGUCGACGCGAGAAAUAUCUCGUCUCAGAAAGUUCUACUAGAUGGUGCUAUUGAGGGCCACGUUUUAGUCAAGAAUAUCAAGAAUGCACUUCCACUAAAGAAACCGAGAAUGCUCUCGGUAUUCGGUUACUCGGCAAAGAGUCCCGACCAGUGGAACUACAAAUCUAACGGCGGUGUUGCCGCGUGGACUUUCGGAGGCGAAUCAUCCUAUCUUGGGCGCGACACGAGUGCCGGCUUCUCGGGUCAUUACUAUGAAGAUUUCUCAGACAUAGCUCCUAAUGGGACGCUAUUCUGUGGUGGUGGUUCCGGUGCCGUGACGCCAGCUUUCGUUAGCUCGCCGUACGACGCCCUCAACGCUCGCGCGUGGGAUGACCGGACGGCUGUAUUUUGGGACUUCUUUAGUCCCGAUCCGGAUGUUGCCAGUAUAUCGGAUGCGUGUCUCGUUAUUGUUAAUGCGUUCGCAAGCGAAGGGUAUGAUCGUCCGAACUUACGAGAUGACUAUACCGAUGGCUUGAUCCGACAUGUGGCGGAUCGGUGCAAUAAUACGAUCGUCAUCUUUCAUAAUGCCGGCGUCCGGUUGGUGGAUCAGUGGAUCGACCACCCGAACGUAACGGCUUUGAUAUUCGCGCACCUACCUGGCGAGGCGUCUGGUCGUGCUCUUGUUUCCUUGUUAUACGGAGAGUCGAACCCGUCAGGCAAGCUACCGUACACGGUAGCCAAGAAUGAGUCUGAUUAUGAACAUGUCGCCAAGCCGGACUUACCCCUGGGUCAAUUCGAGCGCUUCCCCCAAUCGAACUUCAGCGAAGGCGUGUAUAUCGAUUACCGACACUUUGAUCUAAAGAACAUCACACCGCGAUACGAGUUCGGUUUCGGACUGAGCUACACGACGUUCAACUACUCGAAUUUAAAGAUUGAAAAGCGCGACGAUGCUAACACGGAUGAAUAUCCGACAGGGGCCAUCCGCGAGGGCGGGCAGGUAGACCUUUGGGAUGUGGUAGCAUCAAUCAGUGCGGAUAUAAAGAACGUAGGCGACGUAUACGGCGGCGAAAUCGCCCAGCUAUACGUCGGGAUCCCGAACGCGCCGGUACGUCAGCUACGCGGCUUCGAAAAGACGUUCCUCAACGCGACGAGGGAGGCGACGGCUACAUUCCUCGUCACGAGGCGCGACCUUAGCGUCUGGGAUGUGGUGGCACAGAAGUGGCGUCUACAACCGGGCGAGUACGGGAUAUUCGUCGGUGGAAGCAGUAGAGAUUUGCCGCUGAAUGGAACAUUGACGAUCUGAUGGAUGGAGGGAAGGGGGGAAGGGGGGAAGGGGGUAAUAUCGGGCAUGGGAGAUGAGGUGGGUAUGAGGGAAUUGUAGCUGAAUGUUUUAUGGCUUGUGGUGCUUAUGGUGAUUACAAGGCAUGCGUGCGAGAGCUUAUACAUACUCGAAUGGGUUGGCUGGUUGGUUGGUUGGUUGGAACUCUGUACGAGGUACUUUAUUGGGUGGCAAAGGCAAAUGGGUAACGAUUACGACGACCGGUAUUACCUUGAGUACCCAAGUCACAAGUGUAUAUAGCUAGAUUCUAUGGGUAUUCGAAGGGUUCUUGGAGUCGCGUGGUUAUGGCCUAUGUAGAUUUCUACGUACAAGGUGCUACCUUGGUGUGUUUUUAGGGACUUGUUAAUGGGAUAGAGCAAUGAAUGGAAAGUUGCUCAUAUAUAUGUACAUGCAUAUAAAUAAAUAAUCAUCAGCCUCAGCUUGACAUUCUCUUAACGCCGAUGAGACUAGGCAAAUAGGCGAAUAGGCGAAGUAACGGUUAACCGGUCUUGUUCUCCACUAGCACAUGGGAAUCUGUUGGGGC